GGUGUGACUUUGGAUGAGUACGAAUGUCGCACCGACAAGUUUAACGUUCAUGGUUUAUGGGAAUGGACAAAUUAUAAAGUCUCAGUUUAUGAACUUCCAUUAGAACCACAUGAAACUUGUAUUGGCGCGAUUACUAAGAUAAUUAAUCGGAGCUGUAGUGCAGUAGACUUUACUGAUGCGAGUAUAAUGAACUUUGGAGCAAUUCGAACUCGCGCUGAUGGUUCUGGAAAAGAGGCUGACGCAUCAUUUCGUCCAAUGAAAUCAGGAGUGCCUGCACAAACCGGAAGUGAUGGAAAGAGAAAACCAUGGCCAAAUAUUAUUGUGGAAGUCGCAUACUCUGAAAGUAUAAAUCACGUCUUCGAAAAGGUGAAAGAUUACUGGCUAAAGGAUCUUAGUCGCGCACAUGACGUAAUAGUUGUUAAAAUCGAUCCGAUUUCUGAGGAUGAAACACCUUCGCGCAUGCGAGCUUGGCAUUUUUGUUCCACUGACAGAAGAACACGAAGAGGAGAACUUCAACAUCGAACUCACGUAAUGUCAAAUAUAGAAUAA